UACCUGGUCUUUUUAAUACGAAUCUUCGGUUCCUCCGGAGAUAUACCAUAUGCGCUGGAGUUUCAAAGUGUUUCGAAGAGGACACUUGCGUUGGGAAUAUUUCAGCAACCUGUUGAGCCCAAUACACCACUCGGGACUGAUUCAGUUUUGCUUUGGAAAUGUAACUUGGAUUGUGUUGAAUAAGCUGUCUAGUGAUGUUCAUCGCGACGUGACGGGUCGUGCGUCGAAAUGGGAACAGAGUUAUCCACUUUAUUUUUCCAGGUCUAAAUUGUGUUCUUAAACCAAUUGGAUUGAAUCGAACUUUGCGAAGUAGAAACUUGAACCUUUCAAAUGAAGAGGAAGUGUACCUCCAGGAAAAUAGAAAAGUGUGUCUUUGAAAGGUGGAUUAAUGCACGUUUUCACGUUCGCAUUUUCAGUAAUUACCCUCAUGUCUCAUGUGUGUACUUUAUGUUUGGCCUCUCCUGUGAGCGAUACAGGGUAGCCAGCAUAUUUAAGCCUAUUUACCAUUCAAUUUUACAGUAAUAAAUGCAUCCUGAUGUAUUUUCAGAUUAUAUUUUUAAUUAAGCAGAUGCAUGCACGUUUUAAACGUCGCCAGGAGUGGUAACUCUUGCCUCUGAUUAUGAAAACGACUCUUAUAAGACUAUUUUCUGAAGGAGAAAAGAUUCAGGACAUGGUGUAAAAACUACAGACUUUACAUGUGCAUCCCCCGUUUACCAACGGUCAGUGCCGUUUUUUAGACUGGACAAAUAGAUUGGUCGGAACAUUUCAGCCCACUUGAUUCUACAUCGAAGGUUUGACAGCUUUGUUGUCCGCAAUGUGCGGCUGGAGCCCGCCGCUGCAGCCGGUGCAAUGACCGUCCUCCAGCGGCGACUGGCCGGGCUCUGGCCGUGGCUGCUGAUGGCGGCCCUUCAGGUGGUGUUUGGCCAGACGGGCUUGGAGCUGGCGGCCGCAGUGGAGUCGGAGCGAUCAGCCACCAGAGCGGUCAUCAAGGUGACUCUACUCAAACACGAACACACUAUCACUCUGGAAGGGGUGUUUGCUGGAGGGAGCGCCGGCAUCGCAGAAGGGAAAUUGAUGCAGUCCCACCCAUUGUCUCUGUGCAACACCAGUGAGGAUGAGCGUCAGGAGAGCAAGUUCAUCAGCAUCGUCAAGCUGGAGAGCCCCGAACGCAAUGUGCACCAGUGCCUGCCGCUGCUGCGCAAGGCUCGACUGGCUCUGGAGAGAGGUGCUCAGGCUGUUAUCUUUGAUGUCACUGACCAUGCUAAUGCGGAGCAUGAGCUGCAGGACUCGGACUCUCUGACCGGGCCUGUGGUUCUGGUGCGCGCCAGCAAUGCCGAGGAGCUCAUGGGCCUGGUCAACAAAAACGAGGAGGCCAAGGUCGAGAUCGAGAUCAUGGUGGAGGUCCAGAAAUGGCCCCACUAUGAUGUGGUCAUCCUGCUCACUGUGGUCCUGGCAGUUCUGGCCAUUGUCAUGAUCUUCGCCUUCCGUUAUCGCUGCAAGUCCAACAGAACCUGGGAUUCGGUGCAUCAGCAGACGGUGUGCGCCAUCAGCAGACUGGAGACGCGCAUCUACAGCUCCCAGGGCUGCUCGGGGUCACAGCGCCACCAAGGGUCCCGGGGGUCUGGCAGCAGCUCCAACUCUAGCCCUGUCUGCGCCAUCUGCCUGGAGGAGUUUCUGGAUGGACAGGAUCUGCGCAUCAUCUCGUGUGCCCAUGAGUUCCAUAAGGAGUGUGUGGACCCCUGGCUGCUGCAGCACCGCACCUGCCCCCUCUGCAUGCACAACAUCAUGGGUGCAGAGAUGGCCGCCGCCCGGCUGCCCCAGAGGAGCCGCAUGCAGCCCCCGCCCGAGCACAGCCAGGCCUUCCUCCACCCGCACCCCCACCCAUACCCCGGCCCACACAGCUACCAGCAGCACGCCAUCCCCUUCUCCCUGCGGCCCUCCUACCACCGUGGGGGGCCCUCGGGACCCUACCCCCCGCUGGGCCACUACCGGGGCUCCCCUCCCAUCCACCCGCGGACGCUCCGCUGCCGGCCCCUGGGCCCCGGCUGCAGCUACCAGCUGGCUCCCGAGGGCCACCACAUGGGCGGUGGGGGCCGCAUGCACAGGACAGCGGGGGGGAUGUGCCGGAGCGCGGGGCAUCUGGGAGCGGCGUCCCUGUACGGACCGCCGCCUCGGCGCUCUUGUCACGCGUACCGCUGCACGUCCGGGCCGCGGACGCAACACGUGCUUGGCGGCAACGGCAGUGGUGGUGGUAGUGGUGGUGGUGGUGUCCAGCAGGCGCGCGCUGGCAGCGGUGUGCCGCACAGCCGACAGGACGACGGCAGCUGCUCGGGGGGCAGCUACCGGACGGAGCGCAGCGGCUACCUGGCAGACGGGCCGGCCAGCGACUCCAGCUCGGGGCCGUGCCACGGCUCGUCCAGCGACUCCGUCCUCAACUGCACCGACGUCAGCCUGCAGGGCGUCUACGGCAGCUGGUCCACCUUCCGCAGCUCGCUCAGCAGCGACUACGACCCCUUCGUGUACCGGCCGGGCCGCGGGCCGCGCCGCGACAGCCUGGAGGGCGGCCGCCCGCGCUCCCUGGACUCCGUCAUGAACCGGAGCGGCGGCGUGGCCGGCGGCUGUGGGGACGAGCUUCUCCCGCCGGCGCCCCCUGCUGUCUUCAGCCACGUGCACUACCACAGACACCGGCACCACUACUACGAGGACGAGCGCAGCCAGCCCCAGGGGCCCGGCCGAGGGUCCAGCGAGGAGCUCGGGGCAGCGGCCGGGGUGGCCAGCGGCCCCGUUCCCGCCGCGGACAAAGACUCGCCCUUGUGCUCGCUCGCGCACCCCUCCUGCCAAUGCCCCAAGGUGGGCCACUCAGACAGGUCAAGCCACGGAGGGUCAGAGGGGCAGGACAAGGACAUGGACCGGCCUAUGUCUCCCCCGGGCCUGCUGCCGGCCGCUGCGGCGCUGCCCUCUCCUCCCCCUCCUCCCUGCUGCCACCAGGGCCCACCGGGGCGGCAGCACUGGCGGGCGAUGGGCGGCUGUGGGCUGGACGCUUCUCCCGCGGCACUGCCCACAGUGCGCUUCCACCAGAGCCUGGACCUGCAGGACGACUGCAGCAUCCACAUCCACUACGGCCAGGGCCCCCAUGCCGCCGGCUACUGCUGCCCGCCGCCGCCGCCGGACAUGCCCACCGCCGCCCUGCUGCCCGUGCCCCUCAUCCUGGACUCGGCGGGCAUGGGCGAGUGGCCGUGCUGUGCCGGCGCCCACGUGGUGUGGCAGAAGCGCGUGCAGCAGGCGCACUCGGAGCCCCAGCUCCUGGAGCCCAUGGGCCCCGCGGCCGACGGACACCGCUGCAGGGGUCACCAUGGCCACGGGGCUGAGCUGCCCGCGGACAUCUGCCUGUACUGCCAAACACUACACAACAAUCAGGGAUCAGAGGAGGAGUCUGGUGUGUGAGAGUCUGGUGCAUCGCCAGAAUCACGCUGCUACUCAAGAGCCGGAAAUGGACAAAACUCAUCAGCCGCCUCUCACAAAAAAAAACGUCUUCCAAAUAAUUCCACGUCCCGUCUUCCCUCAGAAAGCCUUUCCCCCUCCGGCAUCUGUCGGUUCCCACACUAGAAGGUACUUAGUCAGUCCAGCCUUUAGCAGAGAGUGAAAAAGCUCAUGCAGGUCCAGUUUUGUCAAUGAUUUCAUAGUUUAUCCGUUGGUUGAGCCACAGACCUCUAUGAGGUCUGACAGACAUGCCAUUCAGCUUGUCAGCUUUUAAUUUUUUUAUUUUUUUUAUUUAGAUUUCUUGAAUGAAAUGUGCUGGUGGUGUGAACGGGAACUCAAAAGACGGAGAAAAAGCUUUCUCAAAACUCAAAAGGGGAAAAAAGUGUUUUGUUCUUUUGUCGCUUUGUGCCUUUUUGUUUGACAAUUACAGGAAGCAUUGAUUACACUGCAUUUUAAAUAGAAGUCCCAGAAACCCUCAGUGACCUCUCUGACUGACCUGUGCCAAGGGACUAAGCUGCAGUUUAUUAUGCACAAUAAAUGACAUUACCCCCCAAUUUCAUUCCCCUAAGGCAGUCUUUAUCCAUAAGCAGAGUAGGACAUCUCUGGACGCAAGGAAAGAUUGGUUAUGGUGGACAGACGAUUGCUUUAAAUGCACACAGCUGGACAGGUGUCUCUCUCAGUCAAUGACAAGUCUGUCACAUGAAUCUGUGUGGGUGUUUUUCAAGCCAGUAUGAAAAAACAACCCUCAUGUUGGAGGAAGCACAAUUACCAUGUGUGUGAAAAGAUGGUUCUUUUCCCCCAUAUGACGUUAGGGUUUCUUCAAACAAGGAGAGGGUUUUAUUUUGGUUAUCCAAUCAGUGAGUUUAGCAGCUCCUCCAUACUGGAAUGCACCAGCAACCAGUGACCUCAGGAUUCUUAACCCCCCACCACCCACCACCCUCUGUGUGAUUGUUGCGGCAGCAGCCAUGAUGUCAUAUCAUUGUGAUGUAAUUCAAAGGUGCUUGUUCUGCCCGUGUUCAGUUUUUGUAUCUGUCUCCAGCCUACCUCAGAUUAGAAAUCACAAAUGUCCCGUCACCUCUGUGGUACUUUCACGGUACUUCUGCAGCUUUCUUUCACACACAGAGAGAGAGAGAGAGAGAAAGAGAAAGAGAGAGUGAUAUCCAGAGAGUGUGAGGCUAUCUCUUGUAUCCCUCUCCCUUGGUAAUUAAAGUCGAGAGCGUAGAGGUCACAAAGGUCUGGGUCUUGAGCUAGUUAAUUCAAAAAAGGCAGCUGUUUCCAUUUUUAGCACACUUUUUGUUUUCAUUUUUUUUUUGUUUGUUUGUUUUUGUUUUCUUGCCCUGUAAUUAUAUGUUCAAUGUUGAAACAAAUUGACUGAACGAAGUGGGAGGGUCUGAAAAUGUCAAAAAAAGCUAAUCUUCUGGUCAUUCAUUUUCUUUCUUUUUUAUUUUUCUCAUCUCAGAAGGCUUUAUUUGGCUGUUCGCUCACUGUUCAUGAUACUGGGCACAGACUCGCUGGGGUCAAAAUUAACAAUCACACCCUCUGCUGAACACACACUGACCAACACCUGCUACAGGGACAAGCUUAACUCAAGUCUGUUGCUACACAGCCCCAAGCUACAAUAUCCUAGUUCAAUGUCCUCCAGUCAACCAGCAUACAAGCUUGCCAAAGGUGCCUUUUUUGUUUUUCAUCAAUCUGUUUUCAUAGCAGGACAUUUCACAAUGUCUUUCUUUUUUGUGAUGUUUUUGCAUAAAUGUCAUUAUAAUUGGAGGAAAGCCAUUGCCAGUCUGCCUCAAGUUGGAACUUGAGUUGACACCCUGUUUUUAAAGCUAUGGCCUUUGAAAUUGCUCUAAGGACAAGUCUGGUAAAGUAUUCUUACUCAAGCACCAGGUUCUGACCUGGAUCUGAAGGGAGUAAAAUCCCAGUUAAAAAAACGAGAUUUUCCCCUCAUUUGAAAAAGUUUUAAUAGAAUCUACAAUAAAACACACUGGAAAUGUUGCAAGCACAGAUGUCUACUGGGCAUUGUCUUUUCCCUUCUCCCAUUCUUUGAAAAUGAUCUUUUAUUUCUUUUAUUUAAUACCCUUGCACACAAAGACUGCUAGAAUGUGAACAGUGACUCUAUGUUAAUCUCAGACUGGCCUCCAAAUGUUUCUGUGGAGAGAAGAGACAGCACUUACAUUUCCUUACUAAUGAGGUUAAUACACAACUAUUGUCAUUAUGUGUGCUUUGAAAUAAAUGAUAUGCUUCACAAUAGAUUCAAAUGUAUGUGAAAUGAAAUGGCCCCUCUUGAUCUAGUUGCAAUUGAUGUCAUGUGUGCUGAUAUUACUGGAUGUUACCAAGUUACCAAUGCUUUGAACACCGAGUGGCCUGUUGUGAGUCAGCCAAUGCUGAUCGCUAUUUUUAAACAGUCCGAUAGUCACUCUAAGGGGCAAUGUUGGAGGGGAAAGCUAUUCAUUUAACUGAAUUUUAACUGUUAAUACUGUACCAAAGAAAACCAGAUGUUGCAUGUGAGCAAAACAUAGGAUAGUCUUUGUAGAAUAGAAAGAGAUGUAAGAUGUGUUUGUUCCUUCAGCCAUAAGAGUUGAAUAUUUGGUGAUAUUGACAUAUGCUCAGCAUCCAGGACUCUUGCCAUUAAAAAAAAAAGUCAGUUCCCUGUUAAACAAAUCCUCAUGUAUGCAAAUGACCUGUGUAAGAAACAUGCCUGUCCAUUUCCCAAUGUCUGUGAAUUUCCAGUUCAUCUCUCUGUAGUCUGUUUUUUUUUUUUUUUUUUUUUUGAUGACCUCUGUCUUUAAAUGACAAAACACAAACCGCACUUUGGCUUGUAAAGAAAAAAUGAAAAGGAAAAAAAGAAAUCAAAGUGAAGAGCUCAAAAGCAAACAAAGCACUAUGUAGCUACCAAUACAAUGAAAGUUCACUUAAAUCCAUGAAAUGUCACUGAACAUUUAGGGUGAUUUUUACCCUUUAGUCCUUUUUGUUUGUUUUGAUGUUUUGUUUUGUUUUAAUAUUCUGUUUUGUUUUUCAUUUUGAAACAGAAUGAGCUGAAACUGCCUUUUUUCUAAUAGAGCACAGUCCCUUUUGAAAAUGGAGGGAGCUGCCAGUAUAUUUUCGAUACUUUGCAUAAAAAAAAGAGAAAGACAAAAACAGAAUUAAGAAAAAGUGUUGUAUUUUAUAUAUAAUAGAACAUUUCAGUAUGGUAAUAUGUCACUAAUAUAUUUAUUUACUAAUAUAUUUAUCCAUUUUGUCCAGGUCUGAGAAAAUGUAAUGUUUUCUUCAUCUUUGGAAUGAAAUCUUUAUGAAACGUACAGGUGCCAUCAUAGAUGUAUCAACUUGGCUUCAUUCCAAUUAUAUGCAAAUAAAUUAUUUUG